AUGGUUGAGAUAAAUAAGACCAGACUGCUUUUUUUCAUCAUAUUCAUGACUUUAAUGAUUCCGGGGCCCGCUCCACCUGACGGAUUGAGUGGCAACGGUGCUAAGGUGCAAGCGCUACAGCAAUUGAAAGAUGAUAUAUCAACCUCGAGGGGCGUACUAUUCAACAGCACUUAUGAGCAGCCCACAGGAAAUUUGACGGGACUGAAACUCAGCUACCAGGAUGCUUUGGAACACCGCAAUAUCAGUUUAUACCCAUUUGAAGACAGACAGGGCCCAUACGAGGAGAACCAACGUUAUUCCAUACUGCCGAAUUACGUUAGAAAACUAGCAAUAGACAGUCUCAAUAGUGAGGAAGAGACAAUCCAGGCUUUGGAGUUUGAGGACGAAAUUCUGGAGCAUCCUAAAUGGAAUGCCAUAAGCGAGGUAUUUGGCUCAGAUGUGAAUAUUCGUGCGGAGAGUCAUGGGGCGUUUUGGAAAAACAUCACCGGCAGUUUGAUAGGUGACUUUCAGAGGGUUAAUCACACCUUUGAACACAUCCCAAUGCCAUUGCCACCUUAUAUGAAGGCUUUGUUGAGGUCUUACAAUACCAACCGUACCGAAGGUGAUGAUAAUUGGCGAGAGCCAAACGAUGCCAGCUCGUUCGAGCGCGAUGUGCCAAACUUCCAUGUGGAUGAGCUGAAGACUGGGAAUGUGACCGAACUCAGCGGAAACUUGAAAGUGAAUAUCCAAAACACUGGCGACAGCAGUGUUGAAGGGAGUAAUGGAUCUGUUAGGGUAAGACUGCAAAUCAAGAUGACUGAUAUCGACGAGGUUAACAUCCACUCAUUGGCGCUUUCAGGUGUGUAUCACCCUGACAGUGGGAACCUGAUUGCAACGACGAGAUCGGCAAAAUACGCUGGUUCCUACGGCAUUCCUCACUUGAACUUUGACGAAACGCAUUACAAUAGAUCAAAAGCGGCGAUGUCGGACUGGAUCAACCAAACUUCCGUUGAUGAAGUAGAUGUGACAAUGAUUGAUACUUUACUAGACGCCUCUUUGGGAUGCGAGAUGAUAGCAUUUUUGCAUUUCAAUUCCACCAAUCUAUCUGCUGAUGAAAUGCGCAUGAUCGAUGACGAACUCUGGAACCCCUUAGGGCGGCCCCACAAGAGUAUCCCCCCAAUCGCGAUUUCCAGCGGUGUGCUAUACUCCCCCGACUGUGGGCUCCUAAUCAAAGCAACGGGUCUCGUUGGUGAAAGAGAAGAAGUACAGAACAAACGUAUUCAGAGGGUGGUACUGCUGGGAAUAAUCUUGCUUUUUGCUCAAAUCAUUUUCUCUAUAAAGCAAAUGAGCGCUACGAACACCCCGUCCACUUUGUCUCGCAUCUCUUUCUGGACCAUCGCAAUGAUGAAUUUGAUAGAUGGAUCCCUGAGUAUGUUGUAUCUGCUCAGUUCCAUAGUGUUCCAAAAGCUGUAUCUGCAGCUCGCCGUGAGCUCUUUCCUAGGUUUCACGCUUGCAAGCGUUUUUGAGAUGCGGUAUAUGAUUCUCAUUUACACCUCGCAAAUGAACGAGAGAGACAUAAGUUGGGGAGUUGCUUUGAGAGGAACCGCAAUUGAUGAUCGCAAUAAUGAAAGAAUUGAUGAACGCGAAAAUCCAAACAAUAACGUGGGCACUGAGGAACCCUUGCUGCCUUUGAAUCAAGCAAGACCGCAGGCCGUCCAGCAAACGCAGCAGCAACCAAGGAUAAUUCAGGAUGAGCAGACUGUGAGCGGUCAGAUAUACCUGAGACUCUUUUUCUUCUUGAUUGUUUUCUCGUUUUUGGUAUUGAAUGCCUCGUUAUGGCCACGGAAAGACCGUAUGGUCUUCGAGUACGUUGUGCUGCUGGUUCUCAACUCGUUUUGGGUCCCUCAGAUAUACAGGAACACACUAAGAGGAUCCAGAAGGUCUUUCGGAUGGGACUUCGUGAUCGGCACCUCAGUAUUGAGGGUGAUCCCAAUAGCAUACCUGUGUUUGGUGAAGAACAACCCAUUCAGUCACCACCAAGAUCAACUUUUGAUCUCGCUGAUUGUCAUCUGGCUCGGUAUCCAAAUCUUUGUUCUGGUAUUGCAAGAGCUGUUUGGAGCAAGGUUCUUCUUACCAGAUAGACUUUUGCCUAAGUCCUAUGACUACCACCCAGUUCUCACUGCUGGAGACCUGGAGCAUGGAUUUGGUGUUGAGCAUGACGAUGAAGGUGUCCAUCACGAGGAUGGAAAGUGCAAGGUUGAUUGCGCGAUCUGCAUGAACGAGGUUGAGAUUCCGAUCGCCAAGUCUAGCGAGCAUCUGACGAACAUAAUGAACAGAAGGGGCUACAUGGUCACCCCAUGCAGGCACAUUUUCCACACCAAUUGUCUGGAAUCCUGGAUGAAAUACAAAUUACAAUGUCCUGUUUGCAGGAAUUCGCUACCGCCUAUAUAA